AUGGGGAAUGCAAAAACUGCAACAAAAGCACCAGUUGGACGGUGUGGUAUAGGUAUAUUCAUCCUACCCAUACUCUCCCUUUUCGCGAUAUCAAUACAAGCAGUCAAGCAACCAUACAAUAUAUCAAUCUCUGAUCAAUCCCCAAUGGUAACAUAUUAUCCAACGAGAUCAGGACCAUCUAGUAUCACAUGGAAUGUAUCCUACACUGAAUCAUUAUGGUCAAACUACUCCCUGAAUACCAUAGCUCAAGGGGUAUCAUCGCAUUAUACAGUUUCAACAAAUGCGAAUGCAAGUUUAGGCUUUUGGGGAACAGAUGUAUGGCUUUGGGGAAAUGCUUCCAUCGAUGAUGCCGAAGUGAAAGUGGACGAUACGAGGACAAAGAGAAUUGACGGAGGAUGGACAUUAGGUGGUUUAGCGGAAGGCUGGCAUAUGUUGAAAGUGAGAGUGACAGGUAAAGGUGGAGUAACGAUAAAAGGUGUAACGUUCACGACUGGUAUUGGAGACGAAGGCGCAAAGGUAGAAAACACAACUGUUGAGACUAUAUAUGGACAAGAUCAAAUCGUUGAGAGUUUCAAUUAUACAGCAGGCAAAUGGUAUACUGAGAUAGACUUUGAUAGCACGCUCAAUACCGACUCGACCCAGACUUAUAAGAGAUUGGAAAGCAGUACAAGAGGAUCCAAUCUGACUUUUCAACCACCACCAAAUACUUCCUUCGUAUUGCUGUAUGGCUCAGUAUACAGAACCCAUUAUGAUUUUUCAGUUGGUCUAACUUCUUCCAAUCUAUCCAAUAUACCUUCCACCGAUUCUCAAGAUACGUCCACCACAUCUACUUCGAUUGGUGGAAUCCCUUCUCUACAGAAAAUGGAUGGCGGUAGUCCUUGGCUUUCAACAGAUCAAGUAUUGUACUUCGCCAACUUACAUCCACCCGCUCAGUAUACUGUUAAUUUGAACAAUGAUGGAGUCUAUCUGGAUUUGGCAAGAGUCGUUUAUAUCCAAACUCAAGGUGGAGACAUCUCCGAUAGUGUUGGCGGGGGUAGUGGAAAUAAGAAUAGGACCAACGUAGCAGCCAUAGCCGGUGGAGUUGCUGGAGGUAUAGUCGUUUUAGCUCUGAUCGCCAUGUCAUUGUGGUUCUUUGUCUUCCGUAAAAAGAGAAAUCAGCGUAAGAAAAGCAAACCAUACGUUCUCACGAAGAUUUACGAGGACAAACCAUUCGAGAUUGAUCGAUUCGAAGGGAAUGAAAUUAUUGAAGGGCAUUCGACCGAAAGUCGAACAGUAGAUGAUCACACAUCGUCUCGAUCUCGAGAAGGUACACAUCUUCCUCAAACAGACUCUACCGUCACUCCUCUACUUCUAAGCUCAUCGGAAUCAUCAGAAGGAGUCCUGCCAUCAUCUUCAUAUGACGAUCGAUCCCCUGCGGCAAACACGACUUCGCCCACCUCCAACCUACUGAGCAAUUCAACGUCUCCUGAUUUACUAUCUCAUACCAAUGAUUCCCCACGGUCGAAUCAGGAAAGAUGGACAAGCGGAUCAAGGAUGUUACUACAUAAUCCCGAUCAGACACCACCGAAUGAGGAUGUUGGCAGUCAUCCGACGGAUAGACGGAACCCACUACCUCCUAUUCCGAUCGGUAUAAACCAAGAAGCACGUCCAGGAAGUGGGAAGAGUGGAUGGGCAAGAUCAGAUGCAAACAGUCGGAAUAACGAGAUCGUACAAGAAAGAGAUGCUGGAACUGUAUCACCGAGGGGAGCAAAUGAUGGCUCUGAGGAGGAAGGGCCAAAUGUCGUCCCACCUAGUUAUGAUCCUUCUUGGUCGAGAGAUCGAGGCCGCUACUAA